AUGACUUUGCCGAGAUGGGGCUAUCUCGGUGAUGAGGAGCUGGGCAAAAAGUUCGACGACCACGGACCUCGAACAUCCGCACACUUCAAACCAAGAUCGACCACAUCGUCAUGGAAAAUGCCCCGAAGGAGACGUGUGCUCCUCACCCUGAUCGGCAUAUGUAUCGUCUAUAUUCUCUUCAAAGCCGUCCCUCCUUCCGAGCUAACCCCCGCAACGAAGCCAUUCGACGCGCCACUCAAUAAUAACGACCCUCCCGGGCCUGGCGAGCCCGGACAACGAGCAGAAAAUGGCGGCUCCGUUUCCUCUGAACCACCUCCUAAGGCCCCGCCUGCUACGGAUGAAAUUCCCACCAAUGAUUCGUAUGAAUAUAAUGGGCCGAUAAAGUUCCCCUUCCUUACCCAAUCGCUGCACUCGAACCAGGCACUCCAUUAUAGCUGGUAUAAUAACGCAGUGCUUUUCGCCGCGGCGAACUUGCAAGCUCUUUCCUACCUUCUCCCUUUAGCCUAUGCACGUCCCGACCAUGCCUCUACGUCUACCGAUGCCCGUAUGGAAUCAAGUGUAAUCACGGGGCUCUCCCGCAUUGCCAAUACUUUUCGUCCCAAAGUCGUAAUUACCCACAGCCAUGACAUUGAUGAAACAUUUCAUUGGACCGCUGCCAAAGCAACAGCUGGCCGGAUCGGAGUGCCUCAUAUCAGCCUUCCGGCUCGUGGGGGCGAUUUCAUAUGGUUGUCAAAACUGGACUCCCACUCACUUGGAGCUUGGGACAAGGUCGAUGUGCAAAUCCUGGUGCAGGCACCCCCAGCCUCCUCGGGCUCCCUAACUCGAUUGCUUCGUUCUCUCCAAAGGGCAGAUUACUUCGGUGAUACCCUGGGGCUAACCAUCGAGUUGCCGCAUAAUGUUGAUCCUCCACUGCUUGAAUAUUUGAAAUCCUUCCAUUGGCCACCGAGGAGCGUGCAUAACCAUUUCACACUCCGACGCCGAAUACAACAUGGGAACAUAACUUCUGAAGAAGCAACCCUUCGAACAGUCGACUCACUCUACCCUAAAAACCCGGCCUACUCACACGUCCUCAUCCUUUCUCCUCAGACGGAACUUGCGCCAUCCUAUUACCAUUAUCUCAAAUAUGCCAUUCUUCAACAUAAAUACUCUCGUUCUGCCAAGGAAUCUUUGCACCGAUUGCUAGGAAUAUCCCUCGAACUUCCAUCGUCUACCCCUACUAUUGAUAGCGAACCAUUUACUCCACCAACCAGAUCCGGCUCCCCUGUCGCCAUCCAAGGCACUGACAAGCACAUCCCAGUAUUUCUCUGGCAGGCUCCCAAUAGCAAUGCGGCUCUAUACUUUGGGGACAAAUGGAUUGAAUUCCAGUCAUUCCUUUCGAGUCGACUUUCCAGCGCCCGCAGAGCAGGUUUAAAGAUGCACACUAAUCCCGUCUCGAAGAAGUUCCCAUCUUGGAUGGAAUAUAUGCUUGAACUAACCCGCUGCCGGGGCUAUUAUCUCCUCUAUCCCUCUUUCCCCGCCGUCAAAAGCAGCCACGCCGUACUAUCAACUAUCCACAACGAACUCUACCGCUUACCAGAAGAGCACACCUUGAUCUCGCAAUCGCCAGAACUCAUCUCUGAAAACCCCCAAAAUUCAAACAGUCAACAACAUAUUGCCGAUCCCAAUAGAUCCUCUUCCAGCGGCUCGUCUUCAUCGCUGGAUAUACCACAGGAGGUCGAGCUAGGUUCCGUCGAGCUACCCUUGGCCGAGUCCUCGACCAUAUCGAGUCUCCUGCAGCAAUUCCCCGCAGGACUACCGGAUGAGCUAUCUCCCAAACACGUUUUGCCGUAUUCACAGAAAUAUCCGACGUCCCCUGACCUUGUUGAGAGGACACAGGCUUAUUUGAAGGAAUUUCGGGAGAAGGUCGGUGGAUGUGGAGCCCAGGUUCAACAGCAGGUGGCGGUUGAGGAUUUGAAGGCGGAUGAUCUAUUCUGUUCAGAGGUUGAGGAGGGGGUUGCGUUGUAA